UUAAUACUUUUUAUAAAAUAACUUAUUGGGCUGAUGUUGGAGUAAGUAGAGUAUUUUUUGACACCAAUGGGAAUGGCCGCCCUUUAAUAAAGCUGGACGUGCACAACGAGGUCGGUACGAAAGAAUCACCUCCACGUUUUUAUUCUUGACAGAAAAUAGAUUGAGCCAGCGUAAAAUCUUAUCAAAAUGCCUCCUAAGAAGUCAAUAGAAGAGACCGAUAGGCUCACUCGUAUAGCCAUUGUGAAUUCUGAUAAAUGUAAACCGAAAAGAUGCAGGCAAGAAUGCAAACGUUCGUGUCCAGUGGUGAGAAUGGGGAAGCUCUGUAUAGAGGUCACUCCAAAUAGUAAAAUAGCUUCUAUUUCGGAGGAGCUAUGUAUCGGAUGUGGUAUUUGUGUCAAGAAAUGUCCAUUCGAGGCUAUAUCUAUCAUUAAUCUUCCAAGCAACUUGGAGAAGGAAACAACUCAUCGUUAUUCGAAGAAUUCUUUUAAGUUGCAUAGACUUCCUAUCCCACGUCCAGGUGAAGUGCUUGGAUUGGUAGGAACCAAUGGUAUUGGCAAGUCCACAGCUUUGAAGAUUCUUGCUGGCAAACAGAAACCAAAUUUGGGUCGCUUCACUGAUCCUCCAGAUUGGACAGAGAUCCUUAGUCACUUUAGGGGCAGUGAGUUACAAAACUAUUUCACUAAAAUCCUUGAAGAUGAUCUGAAGGCUUUAAUUAAGCCUCAGUAUGUUGACCAAAUUCCAAAAGCUGUAAAAGGUACGGUCCAACAGUUGUUGGACAAGAAGGAUGAGUGCGACAAUCAGAAAGAUAUUUGUAGGAUGCUGGACUUGACACAUAUUCGCGAUCGCAGUAUCGAGGCCCUUUCUGGAGGAGAACUACAGCGAUUCGCCUGUGCAAUGGUGUGUAUUCAAAAUGGCGACAUUUUUAUGUUUGACGAGCCUUCUUCAUACUUGGAUGUGAAGCAACGACUGAACGCUGCCGUAACGAUUCGAUCAUUAAUUCAUCCAGACAAGUUUAUCAUAGUCGUUGAACACGACUUGUCAGUAUUGGAUUACCUGUCGGAUUUUAUUUGCUGCCUGUAUGGAGUACCUGGUGCCUAUGGUGUAGUCACUAUGCCCUUUUCUGUUCGCGAAGGUAUAAACAUUUUCCUCGACGGUUUCGUUCCUACUGAGAAUUUGCGCUUCCGCGAGGAAUCUCUGGUCUUCAAGGUAGCAGAGAGUGCUACUGAGGAAGAAGUAAAACGAAUGAAUCACUAUGAAUAUCCAGCAAUGAGUAAGACUAUGGGAUCCUUUACGUUAAAUGUGGAAAAAGGUCAAUUUACGGAUUCCGAAAUCCUUGUUUUACUUGGAGAAAAUGGAACUGGAAAGACUACCUUCAUUAGGAUGCUUGCUGGAAAUCUUCCUCCCGAUGACGGCUCUGGCAAUAUUCCUCAGUUGCACAUCAGUUACAAGCCCCAGAAGAUCAGUCCAAAAUCUCAGGGUAUAGUUAGACAACUGUUGCACGAAAAAAUAAGAGACGCUUACAUUCAUCCUCAAUUUAUCACUGAUGUAAUGAAACCAUUGAAAAUCGACGAUAUCAUGGAUCAAGAAGUGCAAAAUCUUUCUGGUGGUGAAUUGCAGCGUGUAGCAAUGGCGCUCUGCCUCGGAAAACCAGCUGAUGUCUAUCUAAUUGAUGAGCCAUCUGCUUAUUUGGAUUCCGAGCAGCGUUUAGUCUCUGCUAAAGUAAUAAAAAGGUUUAUCCUACACGCUAAAAAGACUGGAUUUGUAGUGGAGCACGAUUUCAUCAUGGCUACUUAUUUGGCUGACCGUGUCAUUGUAUUCUCUGGUACGCCUUCCUUGGAGACUACGGCACACUGUCCUCAGUCUCUGCUGAACGGAAUGAAUCGCUUCCUGGAGCUUCUAGGUAUUACCUUUAGGAGAGAUCCGAACAACUUUAGGCCACGAAUCAAUAAGAAUCAGUCGGUGAAGGACUUGGAGCAGAAAAGAGCAGGACAAUAUUUCUUCCUGGAGGAAUAAAAUGCAGAGGUUCAGGCACGGCUCAGGUAAAAUAAAGGAGUGGAUAUCCAAUGGCCACCACAACAGCAUAAAGCGUGCAAACGAUCUAUGACAUUGUAAAUCUGAACUCAUGCGAAGGAGAGUGCGCAACCCACAUGUACUUUGAUCUCCACGUCGUCCUCCAAAC